AAAUUCUGUCGCAUACUUGAAAAUCAGGCAAGAUGAUUUCAUAGCGCAUGCGCACAAAAAAUCAUGAAAUAUCUUUCAUUGAAAACAAGAUUGUAUUCCUUUUUACCAUUGUAUUUCUGACGUGAAGGAUGGCUCUGAAAUACGAAUUGGCAGUUGGUCUUAACAGGGGCCAUAAAACGACUAAGAUUCGUGUGGCAAAGAAUAAAAAUGAACGGAAAAAGACAGUAUGCAUUUUGCCCGCAAGACUAAAAGGGAGACAAACUAAACACAGUAAGUUUGUUAGAGAUUUAAUCCGUGAGGUAACUGGACAUGCACCAUAUGAGAAACGUGCUAUGGAAUUGUUGAAAGUUUCCAAGGAUAAGCGUGCCUUAAAAUUCUUGAAGAGGAGGUUGGGCACACACAUCAGAGCUAAGAGGAAGCGUGAAGAACUUGGAAACAUACUUGUUCAGAUGAGGAAAGCAGCUGCACAUCAUUAAAUAAUGCAUUAAAUUUGUAUAAUAAAUCCAUAAAAAUAUAUGUAUAUGAAAAAUUA